AGUCCUUACCGCUCCGUACUUAAGUUGGUGGGGGAUUUAACUCUCUCCGACGGUUAAUAUUGGAGAGGUGACUCAAAAACCCAAAACCCCUCAAACCCCAAAUCAGUAGAACCCUGAAUGUCUGCUAUGUUUUUCCUGCAGCUUCCUCUUCCUUCCAUGAAAACCAGAUUAUCCCCUUCCAUAUCAUUCAAACAAGUUCCAUCGAUUCUCAAUAGUCAAUCUUUUAGUAGUAGCAGAAAACAUUCAUCACAAAUUUUACCUUCUUCUUUGUCUAUUCCCAAAUCAUCUCUUAUCAUCACUUCUUCUGCAACUAAAGCUGUGAUUGAAGAAGUAAAUGAAGGUAAUGAAAUGAUAACAGAUGCAAAAGUUCAGACAGAGGAAUGGCGUUUAAGGACUGGUCUUAAAUUAGAAUCUAUUCCAAAACAUGUAGCAGUAAUCAUGGAUGGAAAUGCAAGAUGGGCAAGACAAAGAGGUUUACCUCCAACUUCUGGUCAUGAAGCUGGACUUCGUAGUCUCAGAGAGAUUGUUGACUCUUGUUGUAAAUUGGGAAUUAGGGUUUUGACUGUAUUUGCUUUCUCUACUGACAAUUGGGUUCGGCCUCAGAUGGAGGUUGGAUUUCUAAUGAGAUUAUUUGAAAGAGGGUUAGAAGAUGAAUUGGAGAAUUUUAUGAGGAAAAACAUCCAAGUAUCUGUAAUAGGUGACUCGUCAAAACUUCCAAUUUCUCUGCAGAAAUUGAUAACUAAGGCGACAGAAACCACCAAGAACAACACAAGACUUCAACUGAUUGUUGCAGUUAGCUACAGUGGGAGGUAUGACUUAGUUCAAGCAUGUCAAAGUAUUUCUCAGAAAGUAAAGGAUGGUAAGAUCGAACUAGAAGACAUUGACGAAACCCUAAUCAAUCAGGAACUGGAAACAAGCUGUACAAAGUACCCUUACCCUGAUUUACUUAUUCGUACUAGCGGCGAACUUAGGAUUAGUAACUUCAUGUUAUGGCAAUUAGCAUACACUGAAUUGCUUUUUGUAGAAUCACUCUGGCCUGAUUUUGGUGAAAGCGAGUUUUUAGAGGCUCUCCACUCGUUUCAGCGGAGGCAGAGACGAUAUGGGGGUAGAAAUUCAUAAAAGUUCGCAUGCUACAUACACUCAGUACACAUAGUAAAAACUACUAAGUAGAGAUGUUUGUUAGGACAAUCUAGUUGAACUUGUAUAUUAGUGUUUGUUCAACACUACUUGGUAAAUAUUUUUUUUAACAUGAUGCUACUUCAAAUUCACUAUAAUUCCGCAAUUAAAGUCUGCUAUUUGUAA